AGAGAAAAUAACAAAACGAAGUGAAACAUCAGCACAAAAAAAACCAUCUGCGCUUAUGAACAUGGCGUACUCUCUAUCAAGGCUUCCAUUUUCGAGAUUCUUCAGGCAGCUAGAGCAUGACAUGGAAACCGUGGUUAAGGUACUUCAACCUGGACCUUUGGGAAUAGUGGAACACAAGUUCACCGCCGAUGAGAUAAAAACGGCAAAAGCUACUGUAAAAAGAGCAGUAGAGAAUUGGCGAAGGACUGCUUACGUCGAAAAGAAUAGCCCUUUCUUGAAAGAUUUCAUAGAGAAUUGAUGUGCUUUGUCUGAUCUUAUUACAUACUCCUAAACAUCUAUAAUUUUGUAUUUUUUGUUCGUAGAAGUUCGUUUCUUGAACUCGUUUGUUGUUGAGACAUGAAAGACAAAGUGGAAUAUAUAUACGGAGUUCAUA